AUGAGCUCGAUUAUUCAAAGUUUCCAGAAGAACCACGCGCUUCCGCUCUCACAAACAGACUCCACGGCCGACCAGAAGAAGCCAUGCCUCCGUCGCCGGCUAUCUUCUCUCUCUCUAAAGAUUCAGCCCCUCUCUUCGAAAACAACUUCUUGGGCGUUUCAGAGGUCGAAAUCUGUUUCCUCCAUGGGGGAAUACGCGGGGACUUCGAUAAGGAAUUGGUGGGACUGGGGGUGGACUUGGAUCUUGUCAAGAAAGCCCACGUUUGCUAAAGAUCUGGAGAUGAACGAAGAAGAAACUGUACUUCUUGGUUCCCACAAUAGGGGAAGUUGGAGGCAUGUCUUUUACAAGGUGAGGUGUGAGCUUAAAAAGCUUUUAAGAUCUGACAGAGUUGGCCUUCCUCAAACGUGCAAGUACACUUCUCUUGAUUAUUCCAAGAAUUUCGAUGAUGGAAAGCCAUUGUUUCAAGAUUAA